AUGUCGAUAGAGAUCAGCGACCUGAAACUGUCCAAGCUCAAGCCCCUCGGGCACCAACAUUUCGAGCCACCCACACAAUUUCGCAGUCGUUUCGAUUUCGACCACCACGAUGAGAAGAUCCACGUUCUACUGUGCGCAACAGGCUCCGUUGCAACGAUUAAGAUACCGAACAUGAUCAACGCGCUCGCUAAGCACCCAAACAUUGCGAUUCGACUCAUCUUCACGGCCUCAGCGAAGAACUUCCUGCAAGGGCAGAGCGAAGAACAGCCAUCACUCAUGUCGAUAGAGGCACUUCCGAAUGUUGAGGGGUUAUACUUCGACGAGGACGAGUGGAAGGAGCCUUGGAAACGCGGCAAUAAGAUCCUGCAUAUUGAAUUGCGGCGGUGGGCAGAUAUCAUGGUCAUUGCUCCACUGAGCGCAAAUGAGAUGGCGAAGAUCACACAAGGCUGGUCAGAUAACCUGCUGCUAUCUGUGGUACGAGCAUGGGACACCACGGGUCUGAUAGACCCAGUCAGAGAGAUAUCAGGUGUGACAUGGCCUGAAGAAGAAGGUUGGAAGGAAGCACCGAAUAAGAAGAGGAUACUUGUUGCGCCGUCGAUGAACACAGCCAUGUGGCUACAACCGAUCACGAAGAAGCAAGUCCAGAUGCUCGAGGGUGAGUGGGGUGUCAAAAAUGGUGGCUGGUACGAGGUUCUGCAGCCAAUGAUGAAAGAGCUGGCUUGCGGAGAUGUUGGGGGCGGAGCAAUGAAGGAUUGGAGGGAGAUCGUGGGAGUCAUCGAGGCAAGACUUGGCUUGGCUGCUGGCGAGGAUUGA